AUGCGAAUGGACGGAAGAAGAGUCUGGCACCCGCAUCGGCGGGCAUCUGCCUUACUUGCGCUUCCGCUAGCUGGCUCCGCUCUGAUUCACACCAGGCCGUGGCAUGGCCACAUACGAUGCCCAAAGAUUGCCCGGCAUGUGCUGAGCCAGAGGCACCAAGUGCUGCAGGUGACGGAUCCUGAUGAUCUCCGUGUCGCAAUCUACAAGGGUCGCAGCGUGCGGAAUGCCUCAGCAUACGAUGCCCAGAUCAGAGCACUGGCGGAGGACUUUCUGCAGACCGGCUCCACAAGCGGUUGUGCCAAGACUGAUCGUGGCCAACAGAAGCGGCUGCAGCCCAUCAAGAAGAUGGGCCUUUUGGUAGAUGUGCAUUACAGCUGGGACUGUCUGGGGCAACUGCGGGAGGCUCGCUCGGCUGGCUUUCCUGUACACGUCGCUUCUGUGCUUCUGCCGCUUGAUACCCCGGACGAGCUGUUGGCGCUAGCAUCGGAAGUGGCACCGACAGUCUACGUCAUGGAGCCGGAACUUCUUCUUCAAGGGUUCCAGCAGGACGUUCCAUGGACAAAAGACAUGGCAACAAGCAGUGUUAUCACAACGAGAUCUGUUUGGAGACGAUACGAGGGUGGAGCGGCAAAAAGCACUUGUAGGUUUGCUGUCGUUUUUCCACCUUCCAUAUCGCUUUCCUUGCUGGACCCUCCGUACGUGAUUCUGGAUGGCUUGAAUUCUGCCAGCAACGUUGGGCAGGUCCUCCGCACUGCAUACCACCUAGGAAUAACCUCAGUGGUGGCAUCGCCAGAAACUUGGGGUUGCCUCAACGGGCGGGCAUGCAGAGUUUCCAUGGGCUGGAUGUACCGGAUGAAAUUUCAUGCCGCACGGCCAUUGUCGAAAGCGAUUCUCGAGCUGCAAGAUCUGGGAACAUGCGUCUAUGCGGCAGAGAACCAAUUCUCUGAGCCGGUUGCGCCACAUGAGCCGCUGGGUGACAAGAGGUGGGCACUUGUGGUUGGCAGCGAAGGUUUGGGUGUUUCUGAUGAAAUCACUCAAUUAUGUGAUCGACGAGACCUGAGUCCAGACAAUGGCUUGGCACCCCUGCUUGCCGCCGCGCUGAACAAGAGGUGGGCCGCGCUCCAGCAGUUGCUUGAGCUGCGUGCACAAACAGAUGCUGCUGAUCCACAAGGUCGCACGGCGUUGAUUCUUGCCGCGAGUCAAGGCCAGUCUCGGGCCGUGUCCAGUUUGAUCGACUGCAGAGCCUCGUUGGAGCUCCGGAGUGUCGAUGGGCAAACGGCUUUGUUGGCAGCUGCUCGCCAUCAGCACUGGAUGGCCUUGAGGCGAUUGGCUGAAGCCCUGGCAGACCCUAACGUGGUUGAGAACAAAUCCGCCAAGCCGGUGAUUCUGCGCGUUGCAGAGAUGUCGCAGUGGGACACCUUGAUCCACUUGGCGAGACAUCGUGCAGAUUUAGAGGUUCGGGGACAAGGUGGUCGCAGAGUGUUGAUGUUUGCCGCAGAGUGUGGCCUUGACGAUGUUGCGUGGUGGCUGCUGCAGAGCCGUGCCAAUCCCGAUGCGCAAGAUGACAAGGGAGAGACGGCUUUGCUGAAAGCUUGCAACCGCCAGUCGGAGGGACUAAUGCGAAUUCUUUGGGAGGGAGGCGCCAACAUUGAGGUGGCGAUCAAGAAAUCUCGUAUCCCUGCGAUGUCGAGACUUCUGCAGCAGUGGAGCGGGCACGAGGAGGAGGAUUGA